UUAGCUUUAGUCUGGACAUUCAUCCAGACGCUGUUUAAACGCCCUUCAUCGGUUUAGUCUUACUCUUUUACUCGCUGUGUAUAGUCGGUGUGCGCACCAGUGCUGUACGAUCGUGAAGAUUGCUGCCAUUAUCCAUUCACUGUCUGCGGGUCAUGGGGUCUAUGUUCCGCAGUGAGGAGGUAUGUCUUGUGCAGCUGUUCCUGCAGUCGGGUGCUGCCUACAACUGCAUCAGUGAGCUGGGAGAGUUGGGCAUCGUGGAGUUUAGAGAUCUGAAUCCAAAUGUGAACGCCUUUCAGAGGAAGUUUGUCAGUGAGGUGAGGAGAUGUGAGGAGCUGGAGAAAACCUUUGGUGAGUUACUCUGGGUAUUAUGCCGCUCUCUUUCACUGCGCUCGCCCCUGGAGGAGCCGGUACCCACCCUUCCAGCUCCACAGCCCAAGGAGCUGCUCACUAUCGAGGAGGAGAGCGAACGCUUGGCUCGUGAGCUCAGGGAGGUGUCUAGGAACAGAGACAGCAUCCGUGCUCAGCUGACUCAGCUGUGCCAGUAUCAAGGAGUGCUCACUCAGACGCACUUCCUCACUGCUUCACAGACACCACCGCUCUCGUUUGAUCCGGCACGCGUAACCGAGAACAGGCAGGAUGUGAGGCUGAGUUUUGUUGCGGGUGUGGUGCACCCAUGGAAGGUGCCUGCCUUUGAGAGGCUACUGUGGCGGGCGUGCCGUGGUUACAUCAUCGUGGACUUUCGAGAGAUGGAGGAGAAGCUGGAACACCCUGAGAGUGGGGAGAUGGUGCAGUGGACAAUCUUCCUCAUCUCUUAUUGGGGGGAUCAGAUUGGACAAAAAGUAAAGAAGAUCUGUGAUUGCUUCCACACACAGAUGUUUCCAUAUGCGGAGAGCCAGGCCGAGAGAGAGGAGGUUUUGAGUGAACUGAGGCGCAGGAUUGAGGACAUCCAGUCUGUGAUUAGUGAGACAGAACAGUACCUGCAACAGCUCUUAAUGCGGGCCGUGGCAGUCCUGCCAAAGUGGCGGGUGCGUGUGCAGAAGUGUAAGGCCGUGCAGCUGGUGUUGAACCUCUGCAGCCCCUCCGUCACUGAGAAGUGCCUGAUCGCCGAGGCCUGGUGCCCUGUGAACCAACUCUCUGCCCUGCAGAACGCCCUGCGCGAGGGAGGGAGGAAGAGUGGUAGCAGUGUUGAUUCAUUCUAUAAUCGUUUGCCUGCUACCACCUCUCCUCCUACCGUCUUUCCUACCAACAGCUUCACUUCAGGAUUCCAGAACAUAGUAGAUGCUUAUGGAGUAGCCAGCUAUAGGGAGGUCAACCCAGCUGUUUACACCAUCAUCACUUUCCCCUUCUUGUUUGCUGUGAUGUUUGGUGAUGUUGGUCAUGGCAUUGUAAUGACACUUGCUGCUCUCUGGAUGGUUCUGGAAGAAAAGGACCCCAAAAUGAGAAACAACACCAAUGAGAUCUGGCGUAUGAUGUUCGGGGGACGCUACCUCAUCCUACUCAUGGGUCUCUUCUCCAUCUACACUGGGGCCAUCUAUAACGAGUGCUUCAGCCGGGGCCUCAGCACCUUUUCAUCUGGUUGGCGCAUACGGCCCAACGCUGAGCACUAUAACUGGACUGAGGAAACAUUCAAAAAUAAUCUUUACCUUUCGCUGGAUCCGAAUGUUACUGGGGUUUUCACUGGGCCAUACCCUUUUGGCAUCGAUCCGAUCUGGGGGCUGGCUAAUAACCACCUCACGUUCCUCAACUCCUACAAGAUGAAGAUGUCCGUCAUUAUUGGAGUCAUCCACAUGACCUUUGGUGUCUGUUUAUCUGUCUUCAACUACAUACACUUUAGGGAGAUGAGCAGUGUGUUUCUGGUGCUGAUCCCUGAACUAUGUUUCAUGCUGUGUUUGUUUGGCUACCUGAUCUUCAUGAUCAUUUUUAAGUGGGUGACCUUUGGCCCCAUGCACUCUGACUCUGCACCCAGCAUCCUCAUCCACUUCAUAGACAUGUUCCUGUUCACGGAGAACAACGAGAAUGCACCACUCUACCAAGGCCAGAUGAUAGUGCAGAAGGUUCUGGUGAUUGUAGCUUUGUGUUCAGUCCCUGUGCUACUGCUGGGGAAGCCCAUCUAUGAGUACAUCACAUAUAAGAAGAAGAAACACCAGCCCUCUGGUGAAAGGCGCCCUCUACUGGCAGAAAGUGGCUCCAUAAAUGUUCAACAGGGAGAGACGGAGACGAGAGAUGACGAGAUGUUUGAUGGGCCAGACGUGUUCAUGCACCAGGCCAUCCACACUAUAGAGUACUGCCUGGGCUGUAUCUCCAAUACAGCCUCCUAUUUACGUCUUUGGGCACUCAGUCUGGCACACGCACAGCUGUCAGAAGUGCUUUGGGUGAUGGUGAUGCGGUUCUCCUUCUCACAGCAUGGCUAUGUGGGAAGUGUGAUCAUGGCUGUCAUAUUUGCAGUCUUUGCUGUGCUGACGGUUUCAAUUCUACUUGUCAUGGAAGGGCUGUCAGCUUUUCUACAUGCUUUGCGACUUCACUGGGUGGAAUUUCAGAACAAGUUCUACAGUGGAACAGGCUACAAACUCAAUCCAUUUGCCUUUGCCUCCAUAAUCAGUCUCUCCUCAGCUAAUUAAUGGUCAAUGUCAAAUAAUUAUGUUCUUGGAAACUUGAAACUGCAAUGGUACAUUUUAACCCAAACAUAUAGAAAAUGGUAAUGUUGAAUUUAUUGUUGGCAAUGUUGAACCUGUUAUAAUCUAAGACAAAAUCUCUGUCAGAUCAAUGUUCAUGAUGGUGACGCAUCCCUUUUUAAUACUGUGUUGACCAGUUUUGAGCUUUCUUAUAAGGGUUAGUAUUUGGAUUAGGAUGAGAGAAGCUUUUUAGCUUUUUCUUCAUUCAACUAAACUUUAUUUAUUGUUUUCCAUGUAAACAAUUGUUAUUGCUGUAGUACUUCACCGAAGUUCAGUAAGCACAGAAUGUAACUCAGGGAAAUGUUAUAUAUGUGUAUGACUGGUCUGACUGGUUUGUGAAGUGGUUUGGUGAUAACGCAGCUCAGGAAAAGGCCAAAGCUAUGGUUAUACCAAAGGUUGGUUUUUUUUUUUAUUUAAUAGAAUUGAAUGUGCUUUUCAUAAUUCAGAAAUGCAUUUAUUUCCAGGUGUUUUCUUCUUGCCAUGUGGUUUCUUUAAAAUGUCUUUUUAAAAAAUGAACUUGUUUAGUGACUUACCUGAAGUAUUUUAAUGACACAGUACCAAUUAGCUUUAAAAUUAGAAUGUAAGUCUGAAAUACAGUACAAGAGUCUAAGCAAGUCUCUUACAGUUUUGAGAGUUCUAUAUGUAAAUUGCUUUAAGAAACCUGCCAAUGUGGAAACCCAUGUCCCCGUGUUUAGAAAAUAUGCAGAAGACUGUAACAGGCUGGUGUCUUGGACUUGGAUUAAGCAUUGGAAUAAAUUGCAAUGCCAAUAAAUUACCAUUAGAACAGGGA